UUCCGCGUCUAGUACCAAGGGAAUAACAAUAAUUCCUUUUAACUACACCAGUUAACCUAACGCUUAAUUUUGUCAAAUUCUGUACCUUUAUGGACAAAAAAAGCAGUAUGUGUCUUUAUAUAAAGUGAUAUAAUACUAACCAGAGCUGGUUAAUGCUCGAGUUCAAUAAGUCGUAAGAAUCCGUGCUUGGAGGCGGAGGGAUUCAGUUGCUUUCCACGCAGCAAAACAGAGUUAAGGCGAUGCAACGUCCUCAUUUGAGCCCAGAACAUUGCUGAGAGAAACAGAAUAGACGCGUCCUGUUUAUUUACGCAACUAGCCAUCACAAUUUGGAUUAUUCCAUGUAUACAUCACAUAUAUAAAUUUUGGGAAGGAUUCUUUGUGUGGUUCCUACAUCGUUUUCAGUUAGGAAUCCCGAAGGGAGCCGUGGACUUCUCAUUUAUUUUAUAAUUCAACUGGAUUAUCUUUAUUUUUGGAAGUCGCUGUACUGCAAUAUAGCAAAGACAGUGGUGAUUUUUAAGGAAACGUCUGUCGUUCUUUGCUGCAGUGGUUGGAAUUGUGGUCAUUUCGGACUGUAAUUCGUUAAGUGGCGCACGAAGGAUUUUACAUAUUGCUCUUCAAGUGAAAAUGCUGCGUUCUAAGUUCGGGUCUCUGGCUCAUAUUUGUAGUUCGUCAACUAUGGAUCACCUACCGGUUAAAAUUCAGUUACAGUCAGUGAAAGUGGAAAAGGAGCCGUUUGAGAAGACCUACACCGCUGGAUCGCUGCUGGGGAGUGGAGGAUUCGGUACUGUCUAUGCAGGCAGCAGGAUCGCAGACGGACUGCCGGUUGCGAUCAAACAUGUUGCGAGGGAGAGGGUCACAGAAUGGGGCACUGUGAAUGGAUCGGUAGUGCCCUUGGAAAUCGUGCUGCUAAAGAAAGUGGGUUCGGGUUUCCGUGGUGUCAUUAAGCUGCUUGACUGGUACGAACGCUCCGAUGGGUUCUUGUUGGUGAUGGAGCGGCCAGAACACGUUAAGGACCUUUUUGACUACAUCACAGAAAAGGGUGCUCUCGAAGAAGAUACAGCUCGAGAUUUUUUCCGCCAAGUGUUGGAGGCUAUUCGCCACUGCUACAGUUGUGGGGUAGUGCACAGAGACAUCAAGGACGAGAAUCUUUUAGUGGAUCUGCGCAGCGGUGACCUUAAGCUCAUAGACUUUGGUUCAGGAGCAAUUCUCAAGGAUACAGUGUACACGGAUUUUGAUGGUACACGAGUAUAUAGUCCUCCUGAAUGGAUCCGAUACCACAGAUAUCAUGGCAGAUCGGCAACAGUGUGGUCUGUUGGAGUAUUAUUGUACGAUAUGGUGUGUGGUGAUAUCCCAUUUGAACAAGAUGAGGAAAUUCUGCGUGGGCGGUUGUUCUUCAGAAGAAGAAUCACUCCUGAAUGCCAGCACCUGAUCAAGUGGUGUCUUUCCUCAAGGCCUUCAGACAGACCAACACUUGAGCAAAUAAUUGAACAUCCAUGGAUGUGCAAAUCAGAGAACAAAACAGAUGACUGUGAUAUUACACUACAGACCAUUGACACUGAUGCAUGUAGCACAAGUUCAAGCAAGGAGAGUCUGUGAAACAGCAUUGCAUUGGAAGAGAGCCACGAGGAAAGGACACUGAUGGAGCAGCAAACAUGUAGAGGGGCUCAAACUCAGUAUGUGGCAGUCAACUGUAUGGGGGAAUGGACUGUUUUUUGUUUUUGCUGGUUUCUGCUCUGGACUGAAAUUUUUUCUUUUGAAACACUGAUGUUUGGGAGUCUCUGGCCAGUGCUUGCAAAAGUCUGACCUUUAUUUAUGAGAACAGUGACCUCUUAAACAGCAACAUUUUCGCUCUCAUAGAGCCUGGACUAUAUUUUAAUUUGCGUUUUGAGUGCCUUUUUUGAAAGCUGCUUCAGUGGGACUUUUCUUUUGUGCUGUGUAUGUCCAAAGAAGACCUGUUGCAUUUGGGGUGCUUGCCUUCCCCCUCGGAAGAAGCAGUCCUGUAAUGCACUGGAGAGCAUGCUCAGUGAACGAAUGAAGUAGUCCCAUCCACUGGUGAUGGAAUACUUGAACACAAACACUACCCCCACCCCUUUUCUUAAUCCAAAAAUAUUUCCUUCAGCUUGCACAUAAAUAUAAACAGGGAUGAGAGCUAUGUUUUUUUUUUACCAGAAACAUACGCUCAUGUUUCCUUUAAUGAUUUCUACCACUGGGCACAUAUGGCCCCCUUUAUUUUUGCUCUCCCAAACAUUGUCAGCCUGCGAGUCUUAUGUGGAUGUGGCCAAGGCAUGUAGGGGCAUGGUUGUUGAUGCACAAUCAAUGCAAUAUUCAAUAAUUAUUUUCCCACAGUUGUAUAUUGUACUUGUGUAAAGUUUUUCAUGUAUUACACAGUUUUAUUUAUUUGUGUGGACUUAAUUACCAUAAAACUGAACCAUGACAUAUUUAUUUGUUUUUAAUUUAUUUGUUUUCAAAUCUAUUACAGCACUGUGCAUUUCCCGUAUUGUGGGCCAGUCAGCAGAACUUCCAUUGCUGGGUUCAUGGUUCUUUCCCUUACAUUCCUUUUAACAUUUAGCUGUCAAAUGCUACUUCUGGUGGAAAUGACAGUUUUGUUGUACAAAGGCUUAUAUUUUUAUUUAAAGUGGAAACCCAUGGUUUCUUCAACUUCCUUGAGUGCAACCUGAAGAAAUGGAAAGAAAUACUGUUUCUGAAAGUUUUAAAUUAUUGAUAUUGUAUAGUCUCCAUACAUUUGGUUCUGAGAGAUAGUGGCAGUCACAUUUUAAUUUAUUUUAAUAGCUACAUUUGUGUACUAGAUCUCGUUGCAUUUUAUGCAGCUUGGUUAUGGUCAUUUUUUUCUGUUAAGUUUUAGCUUUCUGAAAAUAAUGGAUGGAGAUGAUAUUUUUUAUACCAGCAUUUCAAUUAAAUUCAGGUUUUUUGUAUAUAAACUUUU